UCUGGUUAAAAUAUUGUGACAUUUUUUUAAUAUUUACAGCAAUGUAGUGUUAAAUAUAUUCGCGAUCGUAUGUUAUAUUCGUUAAAUGACAUAAAAGAGAAAAAUAAUGUGAUAAAACGGUGAAUUACCGCAGUGUUAAUCCGAUUAGAUCAGACAACCGCACGGUCCCGUUAUGAUUGACGUUUAGGUUAGCCAAUUAGAAAGACGCACAUGACUACGUAAACCAAUAAGAGUGUGGCUUUGUGUUUAAGGGCGGAGCUUAGUGUACUCGUCUCAUAGGGAAAGUCUGCUCGUGUCUCAGAAGAACAAACUUCAUCGUAAACCUCCCAAUUUUCUGAAUUUCUCGGGCAAACUCCGUGUAUAGAGAAUGAAUAAUAUGUUAAACAGCGUGUUGAGACAGACCGCGCGAUCAGUGCGGGGUAUUUCCCUGACACAGAGGCACAGCGGGCGGCUCGGGGCCGCAGGCGCGCGCUGGAUGUGCUCCUCAUCCUCAGAAGUGUUGAAGAACGUGGAGCAGAUUGUGAAGAAGGACAAAGUGGUGGUGUUCAUGAAGGGAACUCCAGCGCAGCCCAUGUGCGGCUUUAGCAACGCUGUGGUGCAGAUCCUCAGGAUGCACGGGGUGGAGAAGUACACCGCUUACAACGUGCUGGAGAACCAGGAGCUCAGACAAGGUGUGAAGACGUUCUCCAACUGGCCCACGAUUCCUCAGGUGUUCUUUAACGGAGAGUUCGUGGGUGGAUGUGACAUCUUACUGCAGAUGCAUCAGAGCGGAGACCUGGUGGAGGAACUGGACAAACUGGGCAUCAGAUCAGCGCUGCUCGACACACAAACACCCUCCAAAUAGAGUGUGUGUGUGUGUGUGUGUGUGUGCUGUACAAUCAUGAGAGAGACGGAGGGUGUGUGUGUGUGUGUGUGUGUGUGUGUGUGUGUGCUGUACAAUCAUGAGAGAGACGGAGGGUGUGUGUGUGUGUGUGUGUGUGUGUGUGUGUGUGUGUGUGUGUGUGUGUGUGUGCGCUGUACAAUCAUGAGAGAGACGGAGGGUGUGUGUGUGUGUGUGUGUGUGUGUGUACUUUAUCAGUAAAAUAUAUCAAAUAAAAUAAAAAUGCCUUCUAUUUGUCUGAUUCUGUAAAUGUAAAAAUUAGUGAAUAAAUUUCUACAAAAAUAAGAUUGAUUGAUUAAAAUUUAAGACAAAUUAUAUGUAAAUAUUAUAAAGUGGUAAAUUAAAGUCCAUUUUAAAUAUAAAUUAACAUUUGACUUUUUUUUUCUAAUAUGUUAAAUAUUUAUGUAUAGAGAAUAUUUCCUUUAUAAAUACACAGAUCUUUUACUCAUUCUUUAAUUAAUGUCUAAAUGUAAAAUGAAACUUAAAUUACUAUAAAUGUUUUAUUAAAGGAACAUUACAAUUAAGAAAUAUUUCAGCAAAUAACCCCAAAUGGACAUUAAGAAUGUUCUGUGACCCAGAGCCUUCGCCAUCCAGCAUGUUUUUAAAUUCCAGAUGUGUAAUUUAGAUCUGUAACAUCUGGACAUGUUACGAUGUCAGUAACGUAAAUUCCGUUUUACGAGUCAAUGCAAUGGAUUGCUUUAAGUUUCUUUUUUGAAAAUUUAAAGAGAAGUAAGAAGUUAACGGUGUGAUCAUGUACAGUGUAAUAUUACAGUUUAAAUGAAUUAAACAACAAAAAAAAGAGCCCAUUUGUAAAUCAAGCGAACCCCAUAUGGGGUCACGACCCCUGGAUUGUGAAUUCUUUUACAUCAUGAAUAAUACAGGAUGUCCCAAAAGUCUCCACACAUUCUGUAGAGUUCUGUGUUUGCCAGCACCGCAUCAGCUGUGCCUUCAUCAGUGGAUGUUGGUGGACGUCCACGUCUUCUCAACACUUCCAGUCUUUUUGAAUUUGUAUCGUGUGGGAUGUCCUCGCUGUGUUUCCUGUUAAAGUCCAUCGCAAGCUUGCGACAGCUUCCUGAUCCAGCUGUGGGAAUGAUUUCAAUACCUUCUUCUUUUGUCAAAGGCUGUCUACAUAUCUAUAUUUGGAAGACAUUUUGCUAAAGUGUUCGGUUCCUCAGGGUAUGCAGAUGUUUGGGACACCCUGUAGCAAAGAGUAAAAAUUUACUGGUCAUAUCGGGACAGUAUUACAACUCAAAAAUAUUUAAACUAUGUAUCAGUGCAGGUAACUUUGAUUCAAAUCAAUUUAACGUUGUCCCAGAGCAGCGGUACAGAAAUAUAUAAAUUCAGGAUAGAGAUGUUAAAUGUAUGAAUUUAUCUCUAAUAAGCAGCCAGAGGCGACGAUGGUGAGGAAAAACUCCCUGAGACGAUAUGAGGAGGAAACCUCGAGAGGAACCGGACUCAGAAGGAAACCUAGGUUUUGGUUUCUCAUUUUCACUACACAGAAGUGUGUUGUAUUGCUAGCUAAUCUCUUCUAUAAAAUCACUUUUGUUUUUUAAAUGAAAAAAAUACAUAGAGAAUUUAUGAAUGUACAACACCAAAAAAAAAAAAAAAAACUACAGAGCAGAUUUUUAUGGACUCGGAGAGUGAGACAUUGUUUUUAAUUGAAAUGAAAAAUGCAUCAUAUUAAAAAUAGUUUUUCUUUCAAUUGUUUUGUAACAUUUAUGACUACAAAAUAAAAAUAUGGAUAUUGGAUGAUAAAAAUCAUGCAAUAAAAACAGAUACACAACUGAUGCAAUUAAAAAUGGAAAAAAUAAUAAGUGAAUUAAAAUAAUAAAUUAAAAACAUGUAUGAUACUGAGCUUUAGCUGCGAGACUCUAGACAACACAAACACUUCAUUAACCACAAUCCUUCACUUCUGCCUCUUCAGUUUGUUGCUUAGGAACCAUUCAUACUCUGACCUGCGAGUCCUCUCAGCAGAAUCUGCACACUCCUUCACUGUAGUCUGUUUCACACCCAGGCUGUGAUUCAGGACGCGACCGGGUGGAGAGGAAAAGAAGAUAAAACGGUCACAAUAAAUCAUUAAAAUAUCGACAGAGUAGACGUGCGAUCAAUAACAAGUGCUUUUAGAUAUACUUGGAAGACCAUCCCUGUUGCCAUGGCAACUUAAAAUGCAACAGAUGCUCUAAGGAGGGAAGGUUUGUUUUCUCUUCAGGGUGUUUGACGUCCUCGUUGUGAUUUGGGACGCAGCCGGCUGGUCAAAUGACCUUUAAUUAAGACCAGCUUUAAAAGGGAAAACGAACCGAUGUGUAGAAAAGUCAAGAUGUCUGGACAUGAAGUCUCCUUAUCAUGCUGCCUACAGAGGGAACGGAUCUCAGUGGAGAAGCAGGUAAACAUUUUUAUUCAUAAUAAAACAUUUUUGAAUUUAUCACAAUAGAUAAGAGAUAAGAGCGGAUAAAAACAAACAAAACAAUACAUAAGAUAAAAUAAUUUCUGUGGUUUAUCAGAGGUAAACUCAGUGCUGCAGACACCUCCACAUCCACCUGACGUAAAACAGGACGUCUGAGCGUUUGUGUCCCUCAGAGGCCGAGAUCUCGCUCUCCUCAUGCUGUACCAGGUAAAAAAGAAAUAAAUUAAAAAGUAAAGCAGCUCAAUUCCUUAUGAAAAAUAACAUUAAGAGGAAUAAUAAUAAUUCCUCCACAUGACAUUUAUUGUAUAUACCGACUUUUAAAAAAUGAAUGUAAUUAAAUAGUUGUGUGUAAUGCUGUACACAGAUGUGUGUGUGUUUCAGUGACGUGCGGUGAGGUUCGUGG